AUCAACAAGAGAGGGAGAUUGGCAAAUGCACCAGUAAUAUGUAUUGAUGGUAGCAGAAUCUGGAGAGCUGUAGUGCCUUUGAUUUGCUUUGAGAUUGUGGAGUUUCAAUUCCCAGAUCGUGUUAUGAGACAAUUUGGUAUAUCACAGCAUAUACCGACUCCAGUGGAUACGAAUGAUACUUUACAUAAUCUAAAUAGGAGAGGGCGGGAUAAUGUCGAUUGGGUGGUCAAAAACGCUACAUGGUUGGCAUAUUGGGAUGAUAGACUAGCUCAUAUCGCGCAGGAGCGAUUCCCUCGCACGAGCGUCGGCGAGUAUAUGCAUUGGUAUUACUCGAUCACCCGACGGAUUAUUAGUGCUCCAUCGACUGAUAGGCCACAAAGAAAUUUGGAUUAUGCGCAACGGGGGAGUCGGAUACGACGAGUGGCUGCUUUGGCAUUAGAGGGAGCAAAAAAAGCUGUUUCUGCAUUGCGUGAUGCUCUUAAUGAUUCUACUGCUGCCAUUGCAAAUAAUUGGUUGGGAAAUUAUCGUGACAUUCUAGACGAGGUUGGUGAGGGACAUCGAUUUGAAGAAGUUAUAGGCUCUGAUGUUCAAGCUACGGCCCAGCAUGGUGGUAGAAAUCCUCUUGGUCAAUCACACAGAUGUGGUCACAUUUCCCGGGCAACUGACUUUACCAUGCAUACAUCCCAGUUGACGCAAGAUGAUGUUGGUCCAUCCACUACUCCUACUGAAUGGAGUAGGCACAUGAAUAUAUGA